AUGUCUAUUAGAAAACCCGCAUUCCCUCGACUCCUCCUUAACAACGUCUCUUGCAUGAGAAAUGCCCAACAAAUUCUCUCUUAUGUGAAUGUCUCUCUUCAUGAUGGAGGGGCACUUGUCCUAACUGGUGCAAACGGUUCAGGAAAGACAACUUUCAUGCGCAUGCUAGCUGGGUUUUCUCGUCCUUCUGCAGAAAAUAUUCAGUGGUUUGAACUUCUUGAAGGCAAGCAAGGGAAAGCUAUGCUUGCACUUGAGGUGAUGGGAUUAGGAAGAUUGGCUAAGGAAAAACCAAGGAUGCUUUCAAGUGGCCAGCAGAGAAGAUUGCAACUUGCAAGACUGCUCGCAAUUGAUCGCCCCAUAUGGUUGCUAGACGAGCCUUCAGUUGCAUUAGAUGACGAAGGUGUAAAGUUACUCGAGUACAUUAUUGCAGAACACAGGAAACAGGGAGGAAUCGUGAUUGUGGCGACUCAUUUACCCAUUGAAAUAGAAGAUUCCAUGGUCUUGAAGCUGCCACCAAGGUUUCCAAGGGGGAUGACAUUUGUAGAUAUGCUUGACCGCAUUGAUAUUAGUUAA